AUUUUCCCUCUGAUAUUUUACUCGCGUUGCUGACGUGAUGGAAGCGCUACAGUCGUGUCGUUGUUGCCUGCGCCGCUCCCCGGACAGAGAUAUGAACAUGCCAUAUUUGCAUCUGGACAAAACUGAGAUAUAUUCGGUCAUGCUAGCAGAAUGCUUCGAUAUACAUUUAAUUGUUAGCAAGACUGACAUUGGUAUCUGUGAGGUGUGCGUGGGCCGCCUGCGAGACGCCAGUGACUUCAAGCAGCAAGUGCAGCGCUGCCAGGAGGAGUUGCAGCAGCUGCAGGGAGACUUUAUAGUUAAAAAUGAAUCUAAGAUUAAACAAGAAAUAUUAGAGGAUGAUGUAACAGAUGAUUUCGGACCCGAAGACUCCGGAGUAGAAUCAAACGUUUCGAAGCCAAUAGUAAAAUUUAUAGAACCGCAAGUAAUAAAAGUAGAGUGCACACUAAAACUAGAGCCCGCGCCGCACGCGAGCCAGCAGCGUCCCGCGACAUCACACCGCGAGCCGACCCGCGCGGCGACUGCGAGCCGAGCCAAGAGUGUGGUGGCCGCGACUGUCCGCACCGACCAAAACUACGAGUGCGGUACAUGCUGGAAACAGUUCACAAAGAAGAAAUAUUUAAUCGGUCACAUGAAGAUUCACAACGAAACAAAGACUUUCAUAUGUGAAGUCUGCACAAAGCAGUUUAAACAUAAACACCACUUGAUCGAGCACACGCGUAUUCACACUGGAGAUCAGCCUUAUAGCUGCGAAGUUUGUGAGAAGCGGUUUUCACAAAGAUCGUCUUUAAUUGUACAUAAGAGAAUCCACACUGGUGAAAAACCUUACAGCUGUGAGAUAUGCAACAAAACUUUUACACAAAGCUCGGCUUUACAUAUGCAUAAACGCAUCCACGGGGAGAAAACUUUCUUCUGUGAGAUGUGCGGCAAGGGAUUUUCACUAAAGUGCAACUUUUCUGCGCAUGUACGUACACACACUGGUGAGAAACCAUAUGAUUGUAAAGUAUGUAAUAAACGGUUUAACGAGCAAUCUAGCCUUAAAAGACACACAAGAAUUCACACAGGAGAGACGCCGUACGCUUGUAGAACAUGUGACAAGAAAUUCAGAGAUUUUUCCAGUUAUAGUAAACACGAACUAAUUCAUACCGGCAAGAAGCCGUUCACAUGUGAUAUAUGUAAUAAAUCAUUCGGUCGGAAAACUCACCUAAAUAGACAUAAGCAACUUCAUACAGGGGAGAAACGGUUCUGUUGCGACAUCUGUGGAAAGCAAUUUACAGAAAAAUAUAUACUAGACAAUCAUAAAACGGUUCACUCGAAAAAUCAGUCUUCUAACGACGAGUGACAAAAGCUGGCGCAUUAUGAUUCCUUUUUAAUUUAUUUCUUAUUGAAUUACAGUUAGUAUACAGGGUGGAAAGGCACGACGAUCCUUUCCGCAAAAGGGGGAUUGUUGAGCCUAAGCUCUAUAUUUUCUCCAUAGAAACUAUGUUAAUAUGGGCAACCGUUUCUAAAUUAUGGCCUUUUAAACAUCCGUGCAAAAAACUACUUUGUUGUAACCCUAACAGGUGACAGGGUCAAUGAACUUACUUGUAAACAAUUAGUAUACGACAGGAAAUUAUGCUAAUUUGUUGCCAUCUAACCAUUCUUAGGUCUGCUUACAACACGGUAAGAAUCGUUGCAGGAAUUUCGCUUUUUUAGUGGUUCCACUUGUUCAAUACUUACUUGAAUGAAGUAGUUAUGUUAUUCCUUAAUAUUAAUAAUACUAACCACAACAUUGUUUACAACGACAGUUCAAAUUGUGACAUUGACAACCACUCAAAAGUAAGCAAUUGUCUUAUAAAUAUCUCUGGUUUCCUUGACUGAUAAAAAGGUUUUAGUUUCUUAACACGUUUCACAAAAUUAUUUUCGAAUAAUUGGAAACUAUCAAAAAUAAAAAUAAAAUACAAGUAGGUUGUGUUUGAUGGAUUAAAGAACUUGCAAAAAUGAAAUACUAAGAAUAAAUCAAGUAUAAAUACUUCUUGAAUACCUAACUAACAAACCUUCUUGCGUGGUAGGAAAUAGACAAGACGUCUGAUGUUUGAAAUUAAAUUGUCAUUGAACUUUAUUUAUCUAAUGUCAUAUUCUUCAAAUAAAAAUGCCGUGUUAGAUGCUCGUGGUUAUUUAAAUCUGUGGGCUGUGUAAAAGAUUUGGUGUACCAAACGGAAUGUGAAACUGCGGACGAGACUGAGACAUUAAAGGCUAAUUGCUGCUUUUGACAAUCUGCGGAGGAAAAAUUACGAAGAGCAUACCUACACUAUCGCAUGGGUAAUGUGCGCGGGCUCGGGUGCGGGCUGCGGCGUACAUUAUAAGACACGGAGGUACAUUUGAACACCGUAUGUGAAGAGAAGAUAGUGUUAAAUAUUGGCAAAAAGUAAUUAUCUAAGAAAGUAAUAAAAUUGUAUGUAAUAUUUUUGCAUUAAUUUGAUUUAUUUGGCAUUUAGGCGUCAUUCAUAGAUCAUUGCGAUUCUGUCAACGAUCGGAAAAAAGCGUAAAGACCCGAGCUUUCCCGACGGGGAUCCUUAAUCUAGCCGUCAUGUGCACAUGCUAUAGGGUUAUCACCACAGUUAAAAAGUAGAAAAUUUGGUAUUUUUAUUUUUUACUCAAUUAACGAUUCUUACCAUUACCAAUCUGCUCUGUAUCGCUUAAACGA